UAGCUCUCGACGUGCAACUAGCUCUUACCUUCGCCUGGAGUUUUAGGUUCAUAAAUUCGGCGUUUACAAGUUUUGUGACAAAAUUGUAAAGCAGAUCGAACACAACCACUGCAACGAUGCGUUUGUUCAUAGUUUUGAUCGCGGUUGGGGCUGCAUCUGCCCUCUUUGAUACCAGUGACGAUGUGGUGGAACUCACAGCUGCCAAUUUUAACCAGAAAGUCAUCAACGGUGAUGAAGUUUGGCUCGUAGAGUUCUAUGCUCCAUGGUGUGGCCACUGUAAAAAUCUAGCUCCAGAAUGGAAGAAGGCCGCCACUGCUUUGAAGGGUGUAGUGAAAGUUGGAGCUGUUGACAUGGAUGUGCACAGUUCAGUAGGUGCACCGUACAAUGUCAGGGGAUUCCCCACCAUCAAGGUCUUUGGUGCCAACAAGGCCAGCCCUACAGAUUAUAAUGGUGCCCGAACAGCCACCGGAAUCAUAGAAUCAGGGCUGAAGACUGUCAAGGACAUGGUCAACGCAAGGUCCAGUGGUAGAGGAGGUGGUGGAAGAGGUAGCGGGGGCAGCGGUAGCGGGGGCAGCGGUAGUGGGGGCAGCGGGGGAAAGGCAGAUGAUGUCGUCGAGUUGACAGAUGGUAACUUUGAGAAAGAGGUUCUGAACAGCAAAGACGGUGUUUUGGUUGAGUUCUUUGCUCCAUGGUGCGGUCACUGCAAGUCGCUAGCCCCAGAGUGGGCUAAAGCGGCCACCGAGCUCAAAGGCAAGAUGAAACUUGGAGCCUUAGAUGCUACAGUCCAUACUGUGACGGCCAGCCGAUACAAUGUUCGAGGCUACCCCACCUUAAGGUAUUUCCCCGCCGGUGUCAAAGAUGCUAACAGUGCUGAGGAGUACGAUGGUGGCCGAACAGCAACAGCCAUUGUCGCAUGGGCUCUGGACAAAUUCAGUGCCAAUAUACCACCACCAGAAGUCAUGGAGCUCAUAGAGCAGAAGGUUUUAACCGAUUCUUGCGAUGUAAAGCCACUCUGCAUCAUCUCUGUCCUCCCUCACAUUUUGGAUUCUGGAGCGGUGGGUAGGAAGCAAUACUUACAAAUCCUCAAAGGGAUGGGAGAGAAAUACAAGAAGAAGGACUGGGGAUGGGUUUGGACAUCUGCAGGAGAGCACUCCAAGUUGGAAGAGUCCCUUGGCAUUGGUGGCUUUGGGUACCCUGCCAUGGCAGCUGUUAACACCAGGAAACAAAAGUUCUCUAUCCUCAAAGGGUCAUUUAGCAAAGAAGGAAUCGAUGAAUUUAUGCGCACUGUUUCUGUUGGGAGAGGCUCAUCAGAAUCUAUAAGAGGGGACGCUUUACCAGGUAUUGAAACCAAAGAACCCUGGGAUGGAAAGGAUGGAGAGAUGCCGGAGGAAGAUGACAUUGACCUUAGUGACUUUGACAUGGAUGAUGAUGAUGCAGAUGAAGAUGUGGAGGUGGAGAAGAAGGAUGAACUUUGAACCUGACAUCAACACAAUACUUAGACUAUACAUUAAUUUAUUUAACCGUGGACUCCUGCAACACUCCCAGCCUUUUCUUGUGUGUCUAGUCUGGCUUCAAGGCGGAUGAUUCUGUUUCGUUGGUGUAUGGCUAGAGUCUACCGAACAUAUAAGUGUCUGCCGAGAGCCAGUUGUUAACCUACUUGCUCUCAGCAGACAUUAUCUUCAUAGAAUUACCUACGUUUUAUAUAAAAAUGGCAAUUGUGAUCAUUAUUCAGAUUACUGUAUUUUCGCAGGUUGGAUUGCCUUUUAAGCAUCAUUUGUAAUUAUCAAUGAUGAAAUCCAUGCUCCUGUUCAGCAUCAACUGUUUUAUACCCAACUUACACAGUAUACUUAGUAGUCAUUUUAUUUUCUUUAAAUUUCACAUAGAAUGCUACAUAAUGCCAUGUAAAGAGUAUAUAUGUUUUUUCUGCCUUGAAGCCAGACUAUUUUUACUGAUGGAGUUCAUGGUUUAGGUAUAUAAUUUUUAAUUCCUUGACUUUCAUAGUUUAAUAAUUAAUUCAGAGAUUAAAACAAUGUAUCCUAUGUGUUCCUUAUAAAUGCUGAAGUGUAAAGCUUGUUUUAAUGUUGCCUCAAAAUGCAACCACAAAAAUGAGUGUGGAAGAAUCAACUGAAAUAUUUUCAGAAUAUCGUUUUACAGUGAGCUAGAAGGGUAUUAACUCUUGAGUGAAGCACUAUGGGUUAAUGCCAUUUUGGGUCUCAAUAAACAAUAGCACAGUGAUCUAUCCAAGUCUAUUUGAAGCCAAAUAUUUUAGAAUUUCGAUUGGCCAAAGAGAAAUCAUAUAAUGGUGAUAUGUAAUCUUCUUAUUUGUCGAAAGUGUAUUGUGCUGGUUAGAAAGUACGUAAUGACCAGUUUAUAUCUAAUUGACGGAUAAAUCCAUCGCAAGUAUGUGCUUGAAGGCUACAUUAUUUUGACCUGAUAUCUUAAAUAUAUUGCUGCUAUCUCUGAACUUAAUUUUCCCUUUUUAUAAAAGAAAAAAAGAAGAAGGAACAAAAAUAGAACAAACAAUACAAAUUCUGUGAGGAAAAUAUUGAUUGGUUGAAGUGGAAACGGACAGAGCACUCUGCUGCACAGCUCGUCAUAGAGGUAGAUAUUCAUAUUUUUGUAAAGUCAAUUUUGGCCCUAAUCCAUUUCUGUUGAUAAUUUUCCUGCUUUCUAUACACAUCUGUGAACAAGGAUAUUUUGUCCACUAUUCUCCCUCGCAACAAAUCCUAACUUCACAAAGGCCCCUAACCCCCCAAAAUGUUGUAUUGGCAUAACCCGACCUACCCUAAACAUUUCCCUGACCCUAAACAUUUUGAUAAAAUAUCAUUGCUGUAGCGAUCACGAUAGUGCAAUAUUGUGAUGUUCUUGUCUUGCACCAGUUUACUUACUUAAGCCAUAGGUGUUUUUGUUUUGUGCGUUUGCAAACUCGGGACAAGUAUCCUUUUUCUCAGGAGAAAAAAAGAAAUAUACAACAAUAAUAACCGACCUACCUACCUACCCUAUUUUUCUAUGGCCUGUUAUUCCAAUACAACUUUGUUUGGGGCCUUCCCUGUACUAUUUGAUCCACAUUCACUCAUGUCUUUGUUCUGCAGUCUUCACACUGUUCACCUUUAAAUCCCUAUUUUAUAUAUUCACAUGUGUUGGGAUUCUAAGCUGAUUCAGUUGAUGAAUAGUGUUCAUGUAAAAAGGCAUUUAGUAUUUCUUUUUCUUGAUAAAUUUGUAUUGCACCAAAUACUAAUCUCCUUUAUAUCGUGGAUAUAGUUGAUUAUAUAUAAUGUAUCACUAUGUAACAUUAAUGACAUCCAGUCAACUUUGUUUAUAUAUAUAUAUAUAGGGGUGAAGAAAAAGGUCUAGGAACGCGAGACGUAGCUGUACUUCAUGCCUACAUAUUCUGGAACACCAGUUGUCACGUCCGAGUAGAGAAUUCUCACACUUUUAUAUGUAAUUUGUGUGGAUUGAUUUUCAUUUUCAACCUGUUCACAUAAUUGUUAUCGUCCUUCAUUCUACCUAUAGGACAUGGAAGGAGGCGUUUUUCUUUUCAUAUGUGAACUGUCCUACUGGUUAAUCAAAAUGGUGUUGCUUUGGCAGCAUCUCAUAGGUUUGUUUAGUUUUUUUAAGACGUUCCAUGAUCAAUAAUGAUUUUCUUUCUCGUCGUACACAAUCACAUAAUGAUUAUGAAGUGUUGUCGGGCCUCACUGCUACCAGUACUCCUAUUUGUAUGUUUCUAUUCUGUUGAUGGUGUUGUUCUGCAUGUAAAUUUGGUUUUGUUUUGUUUAUGAUGGUAAAUUUGUACAAUGUCGUAGAGGCAUAAAUGGGAGAGAAUAGGCCCCCGUCUGGGGUUUCUAAGAGAUGAUUAAACAUGAUGCACAGCAUAUGAAUAUUCAUAUCAUUCCUGUAAUUAUGUAUUAAUAUAUGCAUUUGAACUUACUUGCUGUCAUACAUUUAUAAUUAUUCGAACCUGGAAUUUGGUUCUUCAACUUUAUUCAAGGAAGGAAAAUUGAUGAAUAUAUGUCUGCUACUACUAUUUCAUUCUUUGCAUAUUUAUGCGAGUUCUUGGCACUAACUCUGUUGCACCUUAAAAAGAUCCUCAGCUAUUGAGAUCACAGUUUGAAUUGUAAAGGACAUAAAUCCAGUCUUCGAAAGAGAAAAUUAUGAAGUAACCAUGGUUCUUCAUUGGCUUGAACUGUAGGUGCCUUGGAAAGUAAUGCUAGAGUAGAAUUUUGAUUCAUUUUUCAUUUUAGAUGUUCAUGUUUUGCUUUGUCUUUUGUAAAAAGUACACAUUUCUACAUUUCAGACUGAACUUUUCUACUCCCUAAUCCAAGGUAGUAAAAAUGUUUUGAUAGUUUUAUUGAAGGUAUGGGUAGCAAUGUCAUAUAAGCAAGAGCAUUGGCAGUAAGGGAUUGUUUUAUUCAGUUCAGUUGUUAGAUAAUACUGCCUUCACAUACUGAUCUGACUGUGUUGUACCCAAGUUCUCCCCUUUUGUUACAGGGGACAUGAUGCUUGUCCAUUCAAUGUUCAGGAAUAUUGUUUCUAAAUUUAUAAGCAUGUUAUUCUGUAUGAUUGAUUGUGUAGUCCCAUAGAGCUUUAUUUGGGUUUAUUAUUGUGCAAAAGAUUUUGAGAAAUUUAUAGACACUAACUGUGAUGGGUUUCAUUUUAUUUCAUUUUCUUUUUGUGGAGGGAGGAUGUGGUUUGGGGGUCUUAUCUUUCAUUUUAUUCUCGCAUGUGGUGAUGAAUAAACACCUCACAUACUUGUUUUCAAUACA